ACAAUACAUCUUCAAGGGUGGUGCGUACUGUUUGCUUGCCUUUAUUUAUAUCUAAAUUCAAUAAGAUUUUAUUAAAUAAACUAAUUUAUCAGUACAGUAAUGUGGUGUUCUACGUAGCGUUAACAUAUUAAUGAGUUCCGCAUACGUUUACGUGCUGAUAAGGACUUAAACACUCACAUUAGCUGCUUUUCCGAGUCAAUAGUGUUUGUAUGAAUAUUUAUAAAUGACAAUGAAAAUAAACGAGAAGAAUUUGUGCGCUUUCGCGUCGUCCGCGACUCCGGUGGACCGCGACGGCUGGCUGGACAUGAGGGGCGAAGUCGGCAAGAGCUACCAGAAGCGGUGGUUUGUGCUGAAAGGGAACCUGUUGUUCUAUUUUGACAAAAAAGGUGAUAAGGAACCCGUCGGUGUGAUUAUAUUGGAAGGCUGUACGAUAGAAUUAACAGAAGAAGAAGCCUACAGUUUCAAGAUAUCGUUCCAGUGUGAGGGUGGCCGCACAUACUUCCUGUGCACCAACUCCCAGGCUUCCAUGGAGACGUGGAUGAAGGCUCUUGCAUGUGCCAGCUAUGACUAUAUGAAGCUCAUGGUGUCUGAUUUGCAGAGGCAGCUGGAUGAGGCGCAAGCGGAAGCAGCAGCGGAGGCAGCACUGGUAACAGUGACUCCACCAGAAGAUGAACCCAAAGUGCCUCCCCGAGGGCAGCGGUACAACCCCUUCAACAGAGUCACCGAUGGCGAGACCAAGGCGGUACCGGGUAGUAGACAUCAUAAAGAGAACCUCCGACCAGACCUCCCCCGCAAAAAGGUGCCGUUCCGUGACAUCCACACGGCGUACGGACGCAAGAUAUUAGCCGACAGAAGCGAGUGGCGCGCCCGACUGACGAAGCAAAGGGAAGAGACCUCACAACCUCUCAUACAGUUGUAGUGUAUGUAGGAUUUAUUAAGAGUACCAACUUGACUAUUAUAAGUAUAGAGAAAAAUUAAAGAUGCAAAUAUAAGUACUGAAAUAAGGUGCGGUGUAAUCCCUACUAGUAGUAAUAUUUAAUGAAAACGAUGAUAUACAUACACAUUUUUUAUAACAUUAAAAUAUCAUCACAAGUCUACCUAAUAUUGUAAAUAGAAAAAGGAAGUCUAUAUUUAGUUUGUUAUCUUUCAUCAAAUUAUCCUGUUUGGACAACUGUUAUUUUGACAUAGCAAGCCUUGCUUAUUUAGUGUUUAAUUAUUGAGUUUUGAAUUAUGUAAGAAGUACUUACGCUUAUUUAGUUAUGUAGCUUAAUACCAUACAAAUUACAUUUGCUUGCGCAAUUUUCUUUCUUCAUCCUAUUAAAGCUAUAACAAUAUAGUUAUGUAGAGAUUUAGUCAGUAUUAUUGUGAACAAACAUUUGAAUUACUUAGUGUAUCUAAUAAUAUAAUAGCAUUCAUACCAAUUGCUGGCCACGGCGACAUUUUAGUGCACGAGCAUUUGCUAGGACACAGGUGCACUCACUAUUCCUUUACUCUCAUAGCCCGAUGGCACGGCAAUCCGACACGACCGGAGAGAGAUCAACUCGGGGAAACUUUCUUCUUUAGAUGGACAGUUAUGAAACUGCUACUAAGAAAAUAAGUACAUACUAUAGUUUCUUCCUCAUGAAAUUUCAAAUGUCUUGUAAGGUAGUAAGGACCAGUAAUUUGUACCCAUGUACGAAGAUAUUAUAUUUUUAUAUGUAUAGUUCACGGCGGAAUCGAAUUCGUUAGUUAAAAUUAAUAUACAGUUCAACAAAAGUUAUUUAUUAUUUCGAAAAGCGAGAUUAAUAUUUGAAUUAAAAAUCUGCAUCCACAUCAGGAUUUGCUUGUUCUUGCUGUUAAAAAGAGACGUUAGCGUUAAGUUUAUGUUUGAGUAAUAUCAUCACAAAGUUGGCUAUGAUUUAGAGAUAAAUAGUACUUGGCAGGUUUCGGAUUUGCAAUCUCUCUCAUCAUCCUUUUAUUUUUGCUAAUAUUUUGAUGCGAAUGUAAUUCUGUUUGUCGCGCUUUCAUGCUAUUACUACAAAUUUGAUUGAUAUUUGGUAGAGAAAGGCUAUACGACAUACUUUUUAGCCCAUUACGGAAGUGGUCCCAGGCCGUGGGUGAAACCGCGGGGAACAGUCAGUAACCAAUACGGUUUUUCUUAUGUUCGAAACCUGUCAAGAACAACGCUUGCCAAAUAGUUAAGUUUAAUAAGUGGCGUAUAUAUUUAUUUGUAUGGUAAAUAAAAUGAACAACAACGAA